AUGUAUACUCUAUCUGUACUACUGCCUACCCUGCUAGCUAUCGCGGGGCUCGUGCCUGGCGGCGCGGCUGCGCACCGCCGAACCCACACCCACCCGGCGAGGGAUUCAACGGCCAAGGAUUCAACGGCGCUCUGUGGCCAAAAUGAUCUGACGCAGACGCAGAAUUUCAUUUUGUACAAUAACCUCUGGGGCGAGGGCUCGGCGACCAGCGGAUCGCAGUGCACGUAUCUCGACUACCAGAGCGGAUCCACGAUCUCCUGGCACACGGAAUGGACCUGGGAGGGCGGCACCGGACAAGUCAAGAGCUAUCCCAAUGCGGUCCUCAACAUCGGCGCGACGCAGCUGAGCGCUAUCAACGGUCUUCCGUCCACCUUCAACUGGUCAUACACCGGUGGCAGUAACGUGGUCGCAGAUGUCUCCUACGACGCUUUCUUUUCCUCCCAGGCUUCGACCACGGCCACCCACGAGUACGAGGUCAUGGUCUGGUUGGCGAGCCUGGGAGGCGCAGAGCCCAUUGGGUAUGGCGAUGGGCCCGUGGCCACGCCUAAUAUCGGGGGCGUGGCGUGGAAUCUGUACAAGGGGUCUAAUUCGUGGACGGUGUUCAGCUUUGUGGCCCAGUCGACGAUCAACGACUACUCCGGGGAUAUGAAUGCGUUCUUCCAGUACCUCGUGCAGAACCAGGGGGUCGCUGACUCGCAGUACUUGCAGACUAUUGGUGCGGGGACGGAGCCGUUUACGGGAGAUAGUGCUACGUUUAACGUUAGCCCCUACAGCAUUUAUUUGGAAUAA